AGGUUAAUACGGAAGAUUUAGCAAUCGUUUCCUUUUAUUUUUCACCUAACCCUGUACAUCCGGCGAACUAAAUGCCAAUUGGGUGACAAUUAUGUCUGCGCUAUGUCGCAAUCAUACAUCAACUGAACGUCGGUAUAGGCAUUCGUGAUUCGACUACGGGAACGAACUGGUGCUUUAUGUAGCUCUACAGAGAACAAGGUUAAGGACAAUGACGGAUGAGGCUAUACACGCCCUGCCGGCGGGGUCGGCGUUCGAAUCCCUGGUGAAGGGUGACACAGAAAACCUUCCGGAUCAAGAGUCUAACACAGUGAGAAUCUUCCUGAGCUCGACAUUCACAGACAUGAAAGAGGAAAGAAACAAGUUGAUGCAGGAGGUGUUUCCAGAGCUCCGACGGUACUGCCAACAAAGGCAGCUAGAAUUUGAGGUUGUUGACAUGAGAUGGGGUGUCAGAGACAGUGCUACGGCUGAUCAUCUGACGUCAUUCUUGUGCCUCAAUGAAAUCGAUAGAUGUAAACGGAUGUCUCAGGGACCUUACUUUGUGGGUUUUCUUGGCAAUAAGUACGGUUACAGACCGUUGAAAUCAACCAUUCAAUCACAGACAUUUCAGAAGCUCCUAGCCAUCAUAUCACAAGACGACAAGGUCAACCAAGACGACGUCGAUCUCCUCAAGACAUGGUAUGCCGAGGACACGAACGCCGUCCCUCCUGUAUACGCACUUCUACCUAUCACCGCAAUCCUACCCGAUUACCACAACAAGAGUGAACCCGAGAGGGAGAAGGAGGCAAGGGCUACCUGGUGGAAGAUCUAUGCUAGGAUGAGGAAUGUUUUUGAUGAGUUUGCCAAGUCGCCAGCAGCGAUGGAAGCGUACAGUGAAGAGGAAAUUAAUUCCUUUGUAAUGUCCGUUACGGAAGAAGAGAUACGACAUGCGCUGAAAGAAAACACCAAUCUCCAAGAUACAUGUUUCUUCUUUGUACGAGAUUUCCAAAAUCUCGUUCCUUCCAAAGAAAACAGAGGUGUGCUCGCAGACUAUGCUGACAUUGAGACAAUAAAGGAUGGCAGUGAUGUUCAAUUCAUGAGGCUUCCUCAAGACAAGCUGUCCACACUGAAGACAGAAUACAUCACCAGAGUUGUCCCAUCAGAUUCAAUCAAGAAGUACAGUAUACCUUGGACCGAGAAAGGCCUCGAUCCGUUAGGUUGCAAGGAACACGCCGAGUAUCUGAACGAGAUCUGCGAGGUCUUUGAAAGCAGGAUGAAGGGUAUGAUCGAUAAGAACCUUCAAGGUCGCACAACUGCUGCAAAAGAUCCGCUGAGGACUAACAUGUACAAAGAGCUCCUACACCAUGCGUCCUUCUGUAAAGCCAAAUGCAGCACAUUUCAAGGACGAGAGGCGUUGAUAGGGUCAAUCCAGGCACGCCUCACAGCAAACCUCGGAAGGCCACUAGUUAUCCACGGUGUCUCUGGAUCAGGAAAGACCUCUGUCAUGGCCAUGGUGGGCAAACACAGCAAGGAAUUGAUUGGAAGGGAUUGUGUAACGGUUCUACGCUUUCUUGGAACAUCUGCACAGACCUCCUCAAUACACGUGACCCUUCAAAGCAUAUGUAGACAGGUCUGCUUUGCCUAUGGUGUAAAACAACCUGCAGAUGAGCACUUGGAGGAUUUUUCGGAAACGGUUCAGACAUUCAACACCUUGAUCAAGAACCUCCCAUCGAAAGAGAAGCCUCUUCUACUACUCCUGGAUAGCAUUGACCAGUUGGCGUCCACUCACAACGCUCAUAUGAUGAAUUGGUUGCCUAAAGUCCUCCAUGAAAACACCUAUAUUGUCGCAUCCAUGCUCGAAGAAGAGCAUCAAUGCCUAGAUAAUAUCAAAGUGACCUUGAAGGAUACGAGAUGUUACAUUCCUAUGGAUGCUGUGGCACAAGAUAACGGCCUUGCGAUCAUGAAGAGUUUGCUGAAGAGCAGAGGAAGAACACUCACCAGUGAACAGGUCAAUAUUGUGACAGAAGCCUUCACAAAAUGUCCUCAGCCUCUGUUCCUGAAACUGCUGUUCGAGGAAUUUGUGACUUGGUCAUCUUUCAAGAAGAUGGACGAGAUAAAGCUUCCUGGUAGUGUUGUUGAAGCUAUCUUGUCCUUGUUCCAGGAUCUAGAGGAUCGCCAUGGUAGACUAUUUGUAGCCCACGCUCUUGGUUAUCUAACUGCGGGAAAGAGCGGUUUGACAGAAGCAGAGAUUGAGGAUGUCCUGUCCUGCGAUGACCAGGUUCUCAAUGAUGUCUACCAGUACUGGGAUCCUCCUGAUGAAGGCGUUGUUCGAAUUCCUCCAUCUCUCUGGAAGCGAUUACGUCUGGACAUCGACGAAUUCAUUACUGAACGUCAAGCGGGUGGAAAGACUGUGAUUGCUUGGUAUCACCGACAAUUCAUUGAGACCGCUCGGAAGAGGUACCUCGGUGACUCCGAUAUCACAGAGGCUAGGCACCAGGUACUUGCAGAUAUGUUUAGGGGAGAGUAUAGUAAUGGUGCAAUCAAACCAAUCAGACUCCACGGUCGCAAAAAGGACUUUCCAAAGGCAGAUCGUCAAGCAGCCGCACAGCCUCUAAUGUUCGGAGAAGACGUGUUCAAUUUGCGAAAGUUGCAAGAACUUCCAUACCACCUCAUGAAAUGUAAAACCAUAAAUGGCCUUCCUUAUGGUUUGGUCAAGUAUGUAAUGUUCAACUUUGAAUGGAUUCUGACCAAGCUGAGAGCUCUAAAUUUCAUAGAGCUCAUCGAUGACUUCAUGAAGUAUGAUGAAGAGAGUGCUCUGCUGAUAGAUGCACUCUAUCUAUCAGGUAGCAAUAUCAAGGAAGAUCCAUUUUCAUUGGCAGGGCAGCUGAUUGGUCGUUUGUCUGACUUUGUCGAUGUGUAUCUGAAUGUUGGAAGACUUCUUACGGAAGCCAAGACCUGGCAACAAACAACUGCUCUACCUCUAAUAGUUCCCAGAGGAGCAUGCCUCAUCCCUCCUGGAGGACAGUUGAAAGCAUCCCUUGCAGGUCACCCGACUAGAGUAGAGGCCAUUGCCUUCGCUGGUUCUGCAGACGUCCUUGUGACUAUAUGCAAAGGCGAUGACGGACAACCGAUGGCAAAUGUGUGGGAUGAAACAAAGAUAGAACUCAUUCACACCCUUGAGAUAAAGGCUGAAAAGAAAGCAUCUGGACAAUUGACACUUGCCCUAAGCCCUGACGAGAAACACGUUGUCUUCGGUUGUCAGGUUCUCGGUAUGUUCGAACUAUGUAGUGGGGAACUGGUUUGCAAGCUGGAAACCGGAAAGAACCAUGCCAUCACCUCAUUUCGGAUUCGAGAUGAUGGGUGUCUUGCCAUAUCUGGCGCAGAGAAAGGCACGAAUGUGUACCUGUGGGGUUUAAAGAGUGGGCAACUCUUGACGAGCCUGAAUCAUCCAUCAGGUGUGCAUUUUACUUUUUUCGAAGGCAAUUCCGAAAUUCUGUCAGUCUGUCAGGAUGGACGUAUCAGAAGAUGGUCUAUCGAGACCAAGGAAUGCAUCGACAGUUUUGAAGUUCACAGGGCUGGUGAUAUCAGGGAAGCUACUCAAGCAACAUCAAUCAAGACCAUCAUCACAGGCGGUAACGACGGAACCAUCAAGUUAUCAAAGUAUCCGCAUGAAGAACAAGAUUCCGGCAGAACACUCAAAGGACAUAAGAAAGCUAUUUCCUGCUUUUUGGUUUUGUCAGAUAACCGCCUUGUUUCUGGCUCUGGAGAAUCCAUCGUUUACGUCUGGGAUAUGGUGACGGGAACGGCAAUAUUGACUUUCAAAGGUCAUGUCGGAAUGAUCACGUCUUUGUGGUAUGGCGCGGCUAACCCAGGUGAGGCUGACUCACAAGAGAUUCUGGUAACUGGAUCCAAGGAUGAUUGCCUGAAUGUGUGGAGUCUGAACCCUGAUGAUACUGGACAUUCUCUCAUCACCUCUCUAGAAGGACAUUCAUCAUGGAUUUCAGAUGUAACAGGAUCAAAAAGUCAGAAAAUCUACUCUGCAUCUAAUGAUAAGAGCGCUAAAGUGUGGGACUACAAACGAAAAACGGUGAUAAAAAGAGAGAGGCACAAAGAGCAUGCAUUUGGUCUUGUCUUUGGACCAGACGAAUCAACCGUCAUUACCAGCGGCAAAGAGGCAACUGUCAAGUUCUCAAGGUUCCAUGACGGCCAAGUGAUACGAAGAGAGACCGGGUUCGCAUACACUCUCCUGGUAAGCAGCGAUGGCAAGAAGUUGUUUGGAGGAAUGGUAGAUGAAGGCGUGGUCCGUGUAUGGGAUAUUGCCCAAUCAGAUGACGGGAAUAGUGCAUUCGACCUUGAAGGUCAUAAGAAGGACGUCCUUUCCAUUAGCGAAGGGCAUGAUAACGAAAUCGUCACUGGGUCACUUGAUAUGACGGUAAAAGUUUGGUCCCUGGCAACCAGGUCAUGUCGGAUAACUUCGGAAGGGCAUAAAGGUUCUGUAGAGGUUGUGAAAGUGGCAAAGCAGCAGGCAGACACUCUCAUCUUGUCAGCAGACAGCAAGGGCAUGCUAAAUGUAUGGAAAUACGGGACAGGAGAAUGUCUGCUAUCAGCCAAAGAGCACCGGACAUCAAUUCGAUGUCUUACUGUUUCAGAUGAUGGGAAAUACGCAGUUACUGGAGGAAAUGACAAGAUAGCUCUUCUCUGGUCACUGGACCUAUCUAAUGGGACUUUUGGUCAAGUGGUCAAACGACUGACCAUCCAUACAUUAGAGGUCGUGUGUGCUGUCUUUAUGCAUGAUGGUAGGAGAGUUAUCACCGGUUCGCAUUCAGGAAAUAAACAACUCCAUGUAUGGAACGUCUUGGGAGAUGAAGCGGAAGACCAUUUCUUAAAUGGGCAUACACACGCUAUCAUGGAUAUGUGUCUAGCAGCAGACGACCGUUACCUGGUGACAGCAUCACGUGACUGCACCAUCAAGGCUUGGCAUCUUCCGUCCCGACAGUUGAUGGCGUCUUUUGACUGCAAAUCACAGGUCAAACACAUCGAUAUGGUUUACGUGAGUGAAGAUCGCUACCGUAUUGCUGGAGAGAAUAAGACCGGCACUAUCCUCCUCCUUGAGCUGUUUCUUUCAAAAGCAGACAGGUCUGAAGUAAAGGACGGAUCUCAUUAUCACCAUGAAUCGUAGAGAAUAUAUUAAUAGGCGGAUGAUGAUUACUUCAAAUGCAAGUUUAUUGCGUGCCCAUUCAUUUUAUUUACAGCCUACAAUGCCUGUUUAAAAUAAUUAACUGCGAUCGAUAUAUUCUGCAUUUUACACAGCAAUUUCUUGGUUACAUAGCCAUAUCUUUCAAUCACAGGAAUUACAUAUAUUUCAACAUAUUUUUUACUCUAUUUACCUGACAGCAAUUAUACUUGUUCAGUUAAGACCACAGAUUCAUUAAACUUUCUGCAACUUCUGAAAGGGAAAAUUUAAAUCGGGAAUUUGUUGCUUGAACUUUUUAUCCUUUAAAUCUGAAGAUACAAUCACAAUAGUUGUCAUUACGACAUAUACAAGUGAUCUUUAUCAUCACAGUAUAUAUAUUUCACAAUUUUACUUUCAUAAUACUUUUGCAUAGUCUACAUAUUCAGUUUAGACCGCAGAUACAUUAAAGUUACUGUAACUACUGAAAAGGAAAUUUUGAAAACAGGAAAUUGCUGCUUGAACUUUGUGUCCUUUAAAACUGAAACUAAAAUCACAAUGGUUGUCAUUAUAUGACACAUACAAGUGAUCUAUAUCAUCACAGUAUAUAUCUAGCUUAGCUAUUAUCUUAUAUAUAAUUGUAUUAACAUAUGUUCAAAUCCAAUACAUGUAUAUAGAGACUUACACAACAAACAACAUAUAUCAAAUCUAUGUAUUCAAAUUUGAUUUAUUAAACAAAAUACCAUGAUGUAUUUGGUUUCUUACAUAUUAUCAUGUACAUUCAACAAAUAAUUAUGUUCUCGUCAUUGCUUUGCUAUUUGUGAUAAAAGCUAUUCUAACAACAAUUCAUAGUACAAAACGUAAGAUGAAUAUAUUAAUAAUCAGUUUUUUUAUCUAUCUGUCUUGAUAUAUCAUAUUUACAAUACUUCAAACAUGCAUGCUGAUCUAUAAACUCUCUACGACCUUCGUCACAGAAAAAGAUGUACCUACAAAGUCACGCAGAAUAUCACAUACAGGUGAACAUGAUGUGCAGAUCUAAUAAAUUACUGUGUAUAAGGAUCACUAUAAAUCUCAAUUGCAAAACUAGCACUAUCAAUGCUGUAGGAAUACGUCAUCUGUCAUUAAACUCAUUCCAUGAGCUGUACAUAUCUACACGACUUGAUUUGAUUUCUAUUAUUCAUUCAAAAUAAUACUUCUCAUUAUAGCUGCCAAUUUAAACUUUGUACUGCAUCAUUGGAACAUGUAGACUUUGGUAUACAUGUAUUUUGAUAUGAUGUAAUUACGCUUCAUGUACAGAAAAUUAGGCAACUAUUUCAUUUGUAUGACUAAUAUCUACAAGAAACAGGCAUUCUAGUGUAUAUUUCUAUCUAUACUAUUACACUGAAGAAAAUAUAUGAUGAAGUUAAUAAACAGAACUGCCUAGAAUAUAUCUGACUGAACUAAAUUCGAAUUAUACGAAAGCAACUACAUAAAUAUAAUAAGAAAAAAAGAACUAUUCAAAGCAAGAUAGAGGUAUCAAAGGCAGGGUAGGGGUAUCAAAAGCAAGGUAGAGAAUGAAUGUUUGAUACACUGUUGUUUCAUAUCAUAAUAUCCAAUACAAUGUAUGUAGUAAAGUUCAUCAUGUAUGAUCAUUGGAUUACCAAUGUGUCAAUGUCAAACUAUGUCUUUUGUGCAAUUUUCCAUAAAGCUACAUGUAUUUCAACAUACACUGAUUGUAAAAUGAACAUUGGGUCCAUGUUAUAUCAGGUACAACCUUGUUAUAUCAGGUACAUUUAUUUAGCUAUUUCAGAGGUCAUUUUUUUUUUUACGUUUCCACUAUAUUAUCAUUAUUGUAUUAUAUUAGUAUUAUUAUUCUAAAAUAUUGUAUUUAUGUUCAAUCUCUUCAUCCCUGUUCAUAAUAUACCAUAGUAAAAGUCAUUAUUUGCUUGCAUAGGCCAAAAACUGUGGAAUAACUUACUGUUAGAAAAUAGAAAAUCACCAUCGUUAAGUACUUUUAAAUCAAAGCUAAAUGCACAUCUUUUCAUUUAACUUUAUAUUGUAGAUUAUUAAAGGCACAUCAGGACCUCUUACAGCGCAGUAUAAUACAUUGCAUAGUUACUGCGCUUUAUAAAUGUAUUAUGUAUAUAUAUUGG